UGACCAUCACUGGGGCCAUCUGUGAAGAGUGUGGGAAGCAGAUUGGAGGUGGAGAUAUUGCAGUGUUUGCCAGCCGUGCAGGCCUGGGUGCCUGCUGGCACCCACAGUGCUUCGUGUGCACCACAUGCCGGGAACUGCUGGUUGACCUCAUCUACUUCUACCAUGCUGGCAAGGUCUACUGCGGGCGUCACCAUGCCGAAUGCCUGCGUCCACGCUGCCAAGCCUGUGACGAGAUCAUCUUCUCCCCUGAGUGCACAGAGGCUGAGGGCCGCCACUGGCACAUGGAUCACUUUUGCUGCUUUGAGUGUGAAGCUUCGCUAGGAGGGCAGCGCUACGUCAUGCGUCAGAGCCGCCCCCACUGCUGCGCCUGCUACGAGGCCCGCCAUGCGGAGUACUGUGAUGGCUGUGGGGAGCACAUCGGCCUGGACCAAGGCCAGAUGGCUUACGAGGGCCAGCACUGGCAUGCCUCAGACCGCUGCUUCUGCUGUAGUCGCUGUGGGCGGGCCCUGCUGGGCCGUCCAUUCCUGCCACGCCGAGGCCUAAUCUUCUGCUCUCGAGCCUGCAGCCUUGGCUCCGAACCCACAGCUCCAGGGCCGGGCCGCCGCAGCUGGAGUGCCGGCACUGUUACAGGCCCACUUGCAGCCUCCACAGCCUCUUUCUCUGCUGCAGAGGGGGCAUCGGAGACCACCACCAAAGGCACCUGCACGGAGUCAGCACCAGCUGCAGGCCCCGAGGAGCCUUCCCUCUUUCUGAGAGGGGCUCCCCACCGCCACUCCAUGCCGGAGCUGGGGCUCCGCAGUGCCCCCGAGCCGCCUCCAGAGUCCCCUGGCCAGCCUAACCUGCGCCCAGAUGAUAGUGCCUUCGGUCGCCAGAGCACCCCACGCGUCAGCUUCCGCGACCCUCUGGUGUCUGAAGGAGGUCCGCGCCGGACCCUGAGUGCGCCCCCGGCCCAGCGCCGCAGGCCACGCAGUCCCCCACCCAGGGCCCCCAGCCGUCACCGCCACCGUCAUAAUCACCAUCACCACCACCGCCGCCACCCAAGCAGACGUCGCCACUAUCAAUGUGACGCGGGAUCAGGAUCAGACUCGGGUUCUUGCUCCAGCUCGCCCUCCAGUUCCAGUUCCGAAUCCUCACAGGAUGAUGGCUUCUUCCUAGGAGAGCGCAUCCCUCUGCCCCCGCAUUUGUGCAGGCCCAUGCCUGCUCAGGACAAUGCAACGGAGACCUUCAACUCCCCAUCUUUAUCGCUCCCCAGGGACUCUCGCCCAGGGAUGCCUCGACAGACCCGACAGACCCUAGACAAGAACUGCAUCGUGGCUUGAAGGCAGGCCUUCCUGGAGGGGGCUCCAUUCUCCAGUCAGAGUAGACGAUGAGGCCCAUGCCCCUCACCCCCAUGCCCCGCCCCCACAACCCAAGUCAUAAAUCCUCUUCCUCCCUCCUUUGUCUGUUUGUUUCUACUUUUGUUUCUGUUUUAGAGACAUGAUCUGCUCUACUGCCCAGGCUGGAGUGCAGUGGUAUGAUCACGGCUCACUGCAGCCUCAAAAGUUUUGGGCUUAAGUGAUCCUCCCACCUCAGCCUCCCAAGUAGCUGGGACUCCUGGCUCCUGUCAGCGUGCCCAACUAAUUUUUUAAUUUUUUGGUAGAGAUGGGAUUUCGCCAUGCUGCCCAGGCUAGUCUAGAACUCCUGGGCUCAAGCAAUCCUCCCGCUGCCUCCCAAAGGACUGGGAUUACAGGCAUGAGCCACCGCACCAGGACUUUCGUUUGUAUUAUUGAAGUAAUUUAAUAUUUGUUGUAAAACAGGCCUGGCUUCUUUGCCUCCUUGCCACAGCUGUUUCCACUCCAUUUCCCCCUCCUGAUGCUUGAAAUUUAUCCACAUUUGAUGAAAGGAUUACUUUAUUCAUUAUCAUAUAUUUUAACAAUGUUUAUUAUUCAUUUAUCCCUCUACAGAACCACCGCCCACACCGAGGAGAUUAUCUGGAUGAGUCCCAACCUGGGGACUGGACUCUGAAAUCUAACUCCCCCCUUCCCUCAUUUUGUGAAUUAGGUGGGGGCAUGGUUCAGGCAGAACUGGUGUCUCCUAUUGGAUCCUGCAGAAGGAGGACCUAGGCACAGGCGUAUGGUGGCCACACCCAGGAGGGUUGAUUGGCAGGCUGGAAGACAAAAGUCUCCCAAUAAAGGCACUUUUACCUC